AGCUUCUAAUCUCUGAUCUGGCCCAGUCUUUCGAACAUCAUGCGAUGAUAGACCCAGAGACUACAAGUCUGCAUACCGCCUUUGUUAUCAUCUAUUUACAAGAAUUAGCGUGGAUAUCAGCUCCUCUACUUAUCAGCGCCAAUGUCUUCCUACAUGCGUGCCUACGAAAGCUGGAUAUAGGUAUCUUAAUCUUUUCUGGAAGUAUAUUCGCUUUCUUCCUCGUCUCCGGCUUCUUCAUCGCUGUAUCUCUAUAUUUUGUUCAUUCUCGGGCUUUGGGGAGGAAACAAGUCAGAUACCUUACUCCCUACAUAUUAGCUAAACUGUUUCGUAUGCUGGUACUCGGAACAUUUUCUGUCGUUAUACUUUUUUCGCCGAAACUCAUUAGAACCUACUUCUAUGCCAGCAUUUAUGGUGUAUUCGAAUGCGUCGCUGGUGCCAUUGCUCUCGAGGUAACUAUAAGAAGUAGACGCUUGCUGAAAAGGAUGGAAUGUGUGCCGCGGAGACGACAAUCAAAAGGCAGUCGGUUGUUCAAGAGCAAAGGGCGAAAAUUAAGCAGAAGCGUGAGUCUGAUGAUGCAGGAUUAGAAGCACACAAUUGAAGAUACUAAUAUGCUAAUAUGUGUACGGGUAAGGUAAUGAGGUCUUGUUUGCUAUGCAUUUGCUUUGUAACUUUUGAUAUAAGUGACUUGGCGGCUGGAAGGCUGGGCUUUUUGACUUAAUUAAGGCCGCUCGCGCCCGCGACGCAGUUUGCGUUCUCACGCGCGCGUGCAUUACAGCCUUAAAGGCAGUAGAU